AUGGACUUUUUCCCUCCCUUAUAUGAACAAGCUGAAUACAUCGAUAGCGGUAUUUCCAUCUUGGAUAACAUUUUAGACAAUGGUGGUCAAUCACUCAAAACAGGAGAAUCAAAAGAAAAUCUAAAUUCAAUUAAAUCACAAAUAGAAACACUUAAAGAAGAUGUUAAUUCACUUAAAGAUAAAAUCGAUAGUAUUGCAGAAUUCGGAAAUCUUGUUAAUGAAACAAUUAAAUCUGUUGAACAGCUUAAGAAAUUUGGAAAUUUCCUUGGUAUUCAAUUUGGCGAUCAACAAACUACUCAAUACAGCAUCAGAGAUAACGGUUCUGUUUCAGUUAUCAUCUCUGAAAAGGUAAAGACACCAAUUAAAUCACCAAACAUAAUCAAGACAUCUUCAAGCGAGCCUCAAUAUAGAGAAAUCACUCACGAUGAAUAUGAAUCUCUUGAGAGCAUGUAUAAAUAUCUUAUGAAAGAAGAUCUCUUAACAAGAAAUUAUUACACCCUAUAUAACUCAGGAGUAACUGAAUUUACAGAUGAAUUAACUAGAAAAUACGGAAUUAGCAUGUUUGGACCUCUUCCGGGAACAAUUUGGGAAAUUUUAAGAUUCUUAAAGAGAUCAGAGACUAUUGAGUCUGAUGGUAAGAAAAUUUAUCGAUUUAGAUAA